CUCCAGACAGAUUUCGGUGUAGAACAAUUCGCGCCAUGGGGAUGAUGGUUGGGGUGAUCCGAGAGGAGACCCCCAAGCACAAGGUGCUGGGCACACUGGCGGGUUUGCAGUGCCGGGAAUAUGCGGCCCAGUUUGUGGCCAAGGUGUCUUCCGCUGGCUAUCCAGAAGCCGGCACCCAGGAGGAGUUCUCGAACGCGGCCUUCCGUACUCUGGCCAAGUAUAUUGGUGUGUUCACCACGCCCCAGAACAAGGCCAACGCGUCAGGCGGCGAGGCGAUCGCCAUGACUGCUCCGGUGGUGAUGACCUCCAGUGAGAAGAUCGCCAUGACUGCUCCGGUGGUGAUGACCUCCAGCGAGAAGAUCGACAUGACAGCUCCUGUGGUGAUGGGAUCCGGGAGCGAAAGGACCAUGAGCUUCAUUUUGCCCUCCAAGUACAUGGACGCUGGGCAGGCCCCACCACAGCCAUUGGAUAGCCGCGUGACCAUCGAGAAGGUCCCCGCACGCCUGGCACUGGUGAGCACAUUCUCCGGGCGCUCCGGCCCAGAGGAUGCGAAGAGCCGGGUGCAGACUCUGGUGCAGCAGAUCAAAGCGGCCAGCGACGUGAGCUUUGAAAUUGACGAGGCGACCAAGGAGCCCUAAGUGGGAGUUCUUCGGCUACAACCCGCCCUUCACACCGCCAUGCUUUCGCACCAAUGAGGUGGCCAUUUAUCUCACCCAGGUGCCUCCGAACCUGAGCUGAAGACGCCUCGGAACCGAAUGUCCAGCGAAUGCAAG